AUUUCUCUUGACCUCACUAUCCGGUGUGGACGUACCUGUCUUGUGUUCUCCUGUGCCAUUUCAAAAUUCUGCCGUUUCUACUCCUGAUAUUAAAUGCAUGGAGACAAGAAGAGCUGAAGACAUUGCUGCUUCUUAUAACGGGUCUAUAUGGAAAGAUGGCGAGUCUGCACGAGGAUCAUCAGAUGGCCUUUGUACCAUUGAAAUUAAGAAUGCACUACUUCCACCUUGGGUUAUUUGUGAUACAUGUGCAUUGAUGGCCUCUGAAGGAAGAAGCUUUGAGGCAAGUUUUGUGACGGAACCUAACUCGAUUGGCUUGAAUGUUGCCUUAAAACCAACAUGUGAGAAGUCUGAAUCCAAAGCUGCUGGUAGUGAAAGCUUACAAGACUGCAAAAGUUCAUUUGGCAUUGCAGAAGCUGUAGUCUCGACUGUGUUCAUGUUCAUUAAAAGGCGUAAGUUACUGUGAUGGUUCUUAUACAACAUCGCUAUCCCCUGUAUAAUCUUCUCUACAAGUAUACACACAAUUUGAAACAAAGACUAAAGCUACUGACUACUUACUUGAUUUCAUGA